AUGCACCAUGACCCCGAGUCAAAUUCCUCUCCAAGUACAAAUCCUUUUCCUUCUAAUCUGUGGGUGGAUGUUUGCAUACUGCUGACUCUGCUGUCUGUGCUCCAGGUGGUGAACGCGCUGCUGCUCCUGCUGGCGGUGCGUUUUCACUUCCUGCCCAAUCCCUGGACCGUGUUCGCCAUCAUCCUCUACGAGGGUCUGCUGGGCGGAGCGGCCUACGUCAACACCUUCUACUUCAUCAGCAAGGAGUCUGAAGACACACACAGGGAGUUUGCCAUGGCUGCUGCCAGUGUAGGAGACAGUCUGGGCAUCGCUCUGGCUGGACUCGCUGCUUUCCCCGUGCACAGAUACUUCUGUUCCCUAUGAAGCAGCCCACACACAACUCCACCAUGAAUCAGCAGGAAGUGGGUGGGUGCCUGCUAUUUCAGGGAUUGAAAACAGGAGACUAAAUUCCUACAUAAAAGUGGUGGUGGUGGAAACACUUUUGACCUACUUCUACUACUGAUCAACUACUGCUGCUUUUUGGGAAGCACACCUCUGAUUUGGAGCCUGUUUCCCAGUAUUUCUUUACAGAAGGCAUGGUAAAAGCUAACUCAAAUGAAUAAUGCAAAAACGGUAUUAGAAGUCUGUUGCCGGCAGAAAAUGAUUGCAGACUUGUAGUGCAGUAACCUCUGUGACAAAAACACUUUUUCUUUAGCUGCUUUGCAAGUUAAAGAGGCCCUUUAUGCUUUUGGGGAUAUCUUUUCUUGGGUUCAAUAGUAAAAAACGUUUAAUAUGAAGAAGCAAAUGCAUGUCAGGAAAUAUCCAGUUGAUGUCUACAGCAGUCGCAGUUAGGCUGAAUGAAGAAAUGGACAUAGUAGAUCAUCUUAUUUUCAAACAUACAACUUAUCUUACUAAGGUUAACAUUAUACAACCAUGUUAAGCUUUUAAUCCAAAAAAAGUAGUACAACACAAUUCUGUACUGAAGGCUAAAAUGUGAUUAGACAUUUUCAAUAUUUUAAUUGAUAUGAUGUUGUGGGAACUUUAAUCUGUUUUUACGUUAUUGCAUUUUGCUGAAGUGUCCUUGAUACUGACACAGUUGACACAGCUAUUGAGUACUGACUGUUUGUGGUUUAACACGUCAAAGUGAUGUUAACAAAGGAAGUUAAAAGGUUUUUUAGUGCCUUCUUUAUUAGAAGCAGGUCAACUGACGGACCUGUGUUGUUGCUUCUCUGUCUAUGGUACUUUUACAACGGGUCGCAUGCCUUUUACUACACCUUUCUACCAAAGAUAAAGGUCUUUUGUGUGCUUUAAUAUUGAAUAUAGUGUAACAAUAUGAAAAACUGGACUAUGCCCAGAGCUUUAAAAUACUAAUAUUAUUAAAUGUACAUACAUCUUUAUUAAAUUGUAUUGUUUACUUUAA